AUGACCCGCAAGCAAUUCAAAUUUGUAGUAGUUGGUGAUGGAGCAUGUGGAAAAACAAACUUAAUUAUUGCCCAAGCUGGUGGUGAAUUUAUCGAGCAAUAUACGCCAACAGCUUUUGAUGAUUAUGCAAUUGAAGCGCUUAUAAAUGGAAAAACGAAGGUAUUGACUGUACGCGAUACAGCUGGUGAAGAUGAUUAUAAUACUUUAAGACCGUUAAGCUAUCCUGAUGCCGAUGUCUUCAUCGUAUGCUAUUCGGUGGAAAGGCCAGAAUCAUUGAAAAGUGUUCAGGAAAAAUGGAUACCUGAGAUUCGGCGCUUUUGUCCGGAUGUUCCAAUCCUGGUGGUUGGUAACAAAAAAGAUAUUCGAAAUGAGGAAGAGCGAGAACGUCAAAAAGAAUGCAACGAAAAUUUCCAACACAAACAUUUGGUAAAUUUUGAUGAUGCAAUAGCAUGCGCUAAAGAAUUUUCCGCUCAUCGAGUAAUGGAAUGCUCGGCAAAAACAAAAGAGGGUAUUCGGCAAGUAUUCGAUGCAGCAAUUCGAAUUGCUAUCACACAUAAAAGUGGAAAUGGUAAUCGAGUAUUAAAUUCGAUUAUGAAAUUAAAACUUGUUUUUUGA